GGACCCCUGUUUCACAACUGUGUUGCACUUGAAGAACUUGUGAUCAACAAAAGUGCAAAGAUUGAAACAAACUGCUUUGUAAACUGUACAUCACUCACAAAACUUGAAAUCCCAAAUUAUGAGAGGAAAGUCGAGUUUUUGGUGACACAGGAAGACCAGAAGGUGAUUGAACAAUUUAACUAUGUGUGCACACAAAUUAGCGUUUGUUUUGAUGCAAAUAAUUGCAAAUCAAAACUUGUAGAAUUCACAACAAAUCCAAAUAUAAAUACAAAACAAGAUGCGUUUUUUUGA